AUGUCGCUCUCUUCGUCUUCGUACCUUGUUCAGCAGGAGCUGAUCAACAGUCGGACAGAGGCCAUCUUCGCGGCGCUGCACCUGCGUUCGUUCGUGCUGCGGCUGCCCAUCGUGAACGUUGCAGAUGCGGAGAAGACUCGCCAGGGGAUCUUUGAGAAGAUUCUGAAGAAUCGUUCCUACUCGUGCACGCGUUCGAACCCGAAGGACGCCUUUACGCGGCAGCCGAACCCCGAACUUGCCGCCGCGCAGACCGAGGAGAUCGUCGAGAUGCUCUCCGCGCCCUCAUCAGUGGGAUUCGUCCUUGUUGUCGUUGAAGAAGCGGUCCAAACCAAGGGCGGCAGCGGGCAGGCCGAGUACUGCCCCGUCGGCGGCGGCAUCGUCGAGGUCGUGGACGAGCACGAACGGUCUAUUCGCGGCCUCUGGUGCCGUCGCUCGCUUCCGCCCGACUUCUCCUCGCUGUUGAUGAAGGCGCUGUGCCUCCGAAUCUUUGCGCAGGCCUUCGAAUGGCCCGACGAGCCUGCGGGCGCGGUCGGAGUCUCGCCAGGAGGCGCGGGGACGCCGGGGACAGGUGUCUCCUCGGGGGGGGGGACGAGCCGUGGAGGCUCCAGCUCAAAGAAUCCGUACCGCCUGGUCAGCUGCACAGAGAAGGCGCUUCUUCUCUUCCCGAGAGACGCCGUCACGUUCCUAACCGAGACUCUGAUGCUCUCGAAACACUGGGAGACGGAGCUCGACGGCGGCAGUCACAAUGAUCAUCCGACAGUCAAGUGCAAGUGUCAGAAGCUGAGCAAGCUUCCCGGAGCCUGGCAAUUUUACGGGAUUUGCGAGUCGCGCUUUUUGAACUACUGGCGGCCGGGCUUGCAGUUCCGCAACUUCCUCCCUGACGCACCGCCGCCCGCCCUCUGCGACUUCCUCCUGCUCUGUCGCCAGCAGGGCACCUCGCGCCCGUCAAAGUACGCCUCUCCGCAUAUAGGGCGAAGAGUGGCCGCGGGGCUCCCAGGGGAGGAGGGCGACUUCAACAAAGAGAACCUCGAUGGGUCUGACGACGGCCGCAAGGGAGGCGGGGCCGGCGCGGGCGAGCGGAAGAACGGCACGUCGCCCUGCGAGGGGAGCAGUUCGUCCUUUCCAGACUUCAACGGGGCUGGCGGCGAGGGCGGCUUGGGCGCGGACGCGAAGGCCUUCCAGCCCUCCGGCCCCGGGACCCGCCAGAGCAGCCGCCGCCAGCAACAGCAGCUGAUUCAGAGGUACCAUGCCACCUCUUCCUCGUACGCGUACGCCUCGACUUACGCGACCUCCUACGCCUCCUCGUCGCUCGCCGACGGCGCAGCCCCUCCCGCCCGCAAGCGCACGAACGGAGAAAGCCGAAACACCGGGCGCGGCACCGCCGCGCACGCGCCCGAGCGAGGCGCUGCACACGCUGAAGGAGCCGGCGGCGACGGUGCGGCGAAGAAGAAGCGAGCAGAAUCUCCCGCGGCGUCUCAGCCUGGAGUCCCUGCAGAGGCUGCGGUGUGCGCGGAGCCCGCGGGCCGUGGGAGUCGAGGCGACGAGCGAGAAGGCGAGGCGCAGGCAGACGCCGCGGCCUCCGGUCCUGCCCCGCGCCCUGAGACGGAGGAGACGAGUUCCGCAGAGGCCGACGCGACGGCAACCGGCGCGGACGAGCCAGGCGGCGGCGCAGAGAGAGACGAAGGGCGAGAAAGCGGGCAAGAGGAGAGGCGCUCAGGGGAGUCCACGCAGGGGGUGGGCGAUCUUGAGGAGGCGGACGCGUCCGCCGCGAAAAGGUUGCGCGUCGAGGCGUAG